GUUUGUAAUCUAUGUACCAUGGUUUUCCCCACCUUAGCGCCCUAAUUACGAACAUGGAGAGUUUUUUGUUGGCGGAGGAGACCCCUGAGCUUUAAACGGAUGUCACUACCGGCGCUGCUAAAUCCUGAUCUUAAACCCUUUUUCUGCUCACCGCCGUUUCACUUCAUCAACCAGUCUUCAAACCUGUUCCUUCCCAUUUUCUCGCAGCAUAAAUGAGUAGAUCAAUCGGAAGAAAGGUUCCAGGUCUUUCUUUUCUAUCCAAUGCCAACAAACUAGGCUUUGUACCAUUUUCUUCUUCUUCUUCUUCUUCUUCAGGUGGUCAUGGCCGAGGUCGAGGUCGAGGUGGCUCUCCCACUCAUGGUGGACCCUUUGAUUUCUCUUCUCGAGUUCCGGGUCAGGAAGAUUCAAAUGAGUCUAAACAUGAAUCUGUAGAUUCUCGUGGUACUUCUGGGCUUGGACAUGGCCAUGGUAAACCUAGUCCUUCCUCCUCAAUUCUUCCGUCUCUCUCUUCCUUUACGCCCUCUGUUAAGUCAUCGUUUGCUGGUCGAGGAAGAGGUGAUGGUUCACAACCGAUUCGGUCCCCUCCUGAAUCGCGUUCAUCGAACGAGUCGGAUUCGGAGCGUACGAAACCUGUGUUUUUCUCGAAGGAUAAUGCGGGCGACUCAGCUGGAAGUGCCCGACCUGGUGCGUUAGACAGGGAUGUGGGGGAGAGACAUUUGCCUGAUAGUUUCCUUUCUGUGUUAUCCGGCGCUGGACGAGGAAAGCCCAUGAAGCAACCUGUCCCGGAAGCUCAACCAAAGCAGGAGAAUCGUCACCUCAGACCUAGACAAGAGGCGGGUGGCCGUGGAGGUUAUGGGCCUGGAAGGGGUAGUGGCGGCGGCCCUAGAAUUAGCCGUGAUGAAUCUGUGAGGAACACAGGUAGGAUGAUGCCAAGAGGCGGGCCUGAUGGUGAAGAUGGUGGAGGUAGAGGGAGAGGCGGAUUCCGGGGCAGAGGAGGAAGGUUCAGAGGGAGAGGAAGGGGAGCAUUUAGAACUGGGGAGAGAGGGCAGAGAGGAAGGGGUCAAGAUAUGGAGGAUGGAUAUGCAUCAGGGCUUUACUUAGGCGACAAUGCAGAUGGUGAGAAGCUAGCAAAGAGGAUUGGUACUGAACAUAUGAACCAACUGGUUGAAGGGUUUGAAGAGAUGAGUGGUAGAGUGCUGCCUUCGCCACUGGAGGAAGGGUAUGUGGAGGCGAUGGAUACGAAUUAUAUGAUAGAGUGUGAGCCGGAGUACUUGAUGGGAGAUUUUGAAAGUAACCCUGAUAUUGAUGAGAACCCACCUAUUCCUCUUCGGGAUGCACUUGAGAAAAUGAAACCUUUCUUAAUGGCGUACGAAGGCAUCCAAAGCCACGAAGAGUGGGAGGAAAUUGUGGAAGAAACCAUGCAGAGGGUUCCGUUGCUGAAGGAGAUAGUUGACUCGUACAGUGGACCAGAUAGAGUAACUGCAAAGCAGCAACAAGGGGAGCUGGAAAGAGUUGCAAAAACACUUCCACAAAGUGCACCUAAUUCCGUAAAGAAGUUCACCAAUCGUGCAGUUCUUUCUUUGCAGAGCAACCCAGGGUGGGGAUUUGACAAGAAAUGCCAGUUCAUGGACAAGCUUGUGAGGGAGUUCUCCCAGCGAUACCAGUAGAGGAGGGAGGGUACCAUGAAGGACAUCAGCUACUACUUAUUAACUGGGUUUAUUACAUGUUUUAAUUUGAGGUCAUGAGAUAUUAGAAAUUUUAGCCCUUUCUGAUGUGCGAGAGAGGAUGCUUUUUUAUAGUCUAUAAUCUUGUUGCUGCAAGAGUUGUAUGAUUGCAGCAUUGUUGAAGAAUUGGUUCACAAUAAUGGGUGUUUCUUUUAAAUCAACAUGCUGCCCUCUGAAUUUUCCUUUUAAUCAUCAUCAUCAUC